AUGUCCAGCACGUCGGAGACUGGGUCAAGUCAGUUCGAGUUGCGCGUCGACAGCAAGCUUGUGGAGAGCGCCACCAUCAACUCCACGACGUCCAGGAAUGUGAGCGUGCCCAUCAUGGGACAAGGCUCGCACCUGCUGGUCGUCACGAAAAUAACGGAGGCGCUAUUCGGGGAGGCGAGGCUCGACAACGUGUUUCUUGAUGGACCCAGGUUUGAGGACAGGGGUAAUGGGAUGAGCAACAGGAGGAUGGAGAUCAUUGGUGCGAGUGUGGUGAAUGGAUUUGGGGAUCUGGGCCAGUCUCUCGGCUGUGAACCUGCCUUCAGGGCGGAGGACUCGGUGCUGGCGUUUGGCCCGCUGGCGGCGAAUCACUUCGGCGCGCGGUUUGCGCACAUCGCGUGGGCCGGGGCGGGGAUUCUGCCGACCAACGCAAACAAGGGAACGCCGUCGAUCCCCCAACUCUACAAUCGCACGCUCCCCCGGGACCCCUCCUCAAACUGGGACCACGCUACUUUCGUGCCGCAGGUUGUGGUGCUGGAUGCCGGUGGAAAUGAUUUCAACACCGGCAACGCCCCCGCGGGGUGGAACGCCGCCUACAAGAACUUCCUGCUGCAGAUCCGUGCCAAUGCGCCGGAAGCGGACGUGAUAGUGAUUGGCUUUCCCGAGGCGGUCCUGUCGGGCUACAAGACGGCUGCGGCGCAGCGCGCGUUCAACGGCAACGUUACCGUCGCUAUCGGAGACCUGAAAGAUGCCGGCUUUGGGCGGCUGCACUACUUGACUGUGCCGUCCAGCGUCAAGACGGAGGGCACGGGCUGCCAGGGCCACCCCACGAGCGAAACGCAUUCGCACAUCGCCGAGUUUCUCCAAGACUACAUCGGCAAUCUGACCGGCUGGACGCCCGUCGCCGCGCAGGGCUCCUCAACUUUCAUCUUCAACAACUGA